GAUAAUUGUUUGUGACGAAUUGCGCGCGCAUUUGACUUAGAAACGAUAAUGGAUGGUGUGUAAGUCUUUGCCAGUUUGUGUGAUAGGUUGUUGUGUAAAUGGAUUAAAAACUGAACAGUGAGACUGCGCAAAUGAAGACUACAUGGAGAAAUGAAUUUGAUGUGCGAGUUUCAUGACAUGAGCGUGAAGCUGCGCGAAAUGAAGACUACAUGGAGAAAUGAAUUUUGUGUGCGAGUUUCAUGACAUGAAAGAUUUUGAUAUUAAUCUGCCCAAAGGUGGCACCCACAAUUCAUCAUGAAUUCGGAAAGAGAAGACAAGAAAACCGAAAAUUACUAUGACCUUAAAAAAUGUGUCAGUGUUGUUUGCGCUAAGUUUUUGAGAUUUCUGCUCUUACAUUUCUUUUCAACAUAUGGGCAGUUAAAAGAUGCCAUACCAACAAAUUGCUUCAAAUCAAAGGAUGAUGCUGGUUUCAUUUCGGGAAAAAAUGAACGUAUCAUAUACAAUGAGGAGUCUAUCUCAAACAAUUUCAAAUUCCCAUUACUGUAUCAAAUAUUUCGGAGUGGAGCUUGUAACGGACACAUAAUUGGUCCCCGUGUAGGGUGGCGUUCCACCGAAAAACCUGCUGCUUGCGAUAUAGAUGUUGGAGAUGAUAUUUUAAGAUUAGGUCAGAUAUGGGAAGAUCAUUUAGACGAUAAUGACGACGAAGAAAUACCAGAUGGGACAAGCCAAGACCUAUGGAAUAUUUUGCAGGAUGUAUCUCAUAGAAUGGCCGAAAAGUAUGAGUUCGGAGAAGAUUUUAAGCAGGAAAUACGUAAAAAAGGAGGUGAACAUAUAGAAAUUGAUGCAGAUGUUGUCCAAGUUGGCAGUAACAAUGUAAUGAAAACCAACAUUACGGAAGAUGCGACUGGAGCGAUAUCAUUUUCUCAAUGGGGGACAAAUAACAACAUUUACGUUAAAUUGGUUGACAAUCGGAGGAAAACAAAAAUAGAAUUGGCGGGAAAAGAGAUGAGAUUACGCUUGCAAGUAAGGGGGGAUAGGAAAGACGACAUUGAGAAAAAAAUGUUGAAUGCUAACAUUGAUGAAUUGAACAGUUAUCUGAGUAAAUUGAAUGUAUCCAUUAAAAAUAUUGAACCCGGAUGCCUUAUUAUUGAUGUAGAGUCACGAGUUCCAUUUGACUCAAAUGCGAGGAAACAAAUCAUAGCUAUAUUAGACCUGAUCUUCAGUCACAGCAACGUAUAUGAGUUUUUAAAGGAAAACAACGUUGAAGAACUGCAUACGUUUUGUUAUUUUUACCAUACAGAUAUUUGUUUCACUCCAUUAGAUGACGUUAUCGUUCAACCAGUCAAUCAUAUGAGUUUGGAGCUGACGGAGUCUACUGCUUGUGAUGUUGAUUUGUAUGUGUCAAAAACAUGUCUCGAAUUGGCAGACAACCAUUUCACAACGGAGGUACACGAGAAAAUCAACCUGACACUUUGUGCCGAAACUGUGCAACCAGAUAAUUCACAGUUUCCAGAGGUCCAAAAUAUACUGACCGAAAGGCAAGUCCGUCGAUUCAAUGAUGAUUUAAAAACUUGCGAAUUGAUUGUAGAUCACAUUGAGACGUGUUCUUUUGGUAUUGAAAUUUCAUUAUCAACAAAAUAUGAAGUGCCUUACAGUGAUCUGGUCCUCGCAUCAGGACCAAUUCCAGAAAUUUUGGGGACAAUUUUGCGGGAAAUUUUUCAAACAGAUAAAGUAUCUUCCAUACAACUUCUGAGACUUUGUGUGAUUAUGUUUGUGCCUUUAGAUUACGAUAAAGAGGACAAAGGUGUGGAUUUUUUUCUGGAAACUGGAUCACAAAUAUCAGAGGCAAUAGAAAACAAAACGUUUUCAACGAUUGUAUCCACACUCCUAGGCACACAAGAUGGAAGACUGCCGGAAAAUGUUCAGAACUUGAAAGUGAGAGCUGUACUGGACUAUGCAAAUGUGAUCAUUUCAGAUCAAUCUGACGAGGAUAGUGAUCAAGCUAUAGAUAUUUCAGAAUGCCUGGAAACGGAUCCAGAGGAGGCAGAAACAGAGCAGCUCUUAAACAGAAUUAAAGAAUCAAGACAGGAGCUGGAAGAAGGACGUUUACACAAGGCAAAGGAAUUAGCACAAGAUGUGUUUAAAGAGCUAACGGAAAUUGACUCAAAGGACACAAUCAUGUUUAAAGACUUACUGAAAAUAUUUGAAGGGUGUGCUGACAACUUUUACGCACUGAAAUGCUUUUGGAGAAUACGCAUCCUGACAGAUAUUGAAGAUGAAUUCGACGUGCUGGAUCAUCUCCUACAAUCGGGACAGUAUUGGGUUCGAGUUGUUGAAGGACCCUAUGAAUUUGAGGAAAUCAUAGAGGUGUUUUUAGAAAUGGAAAAUAUGGCACAUCAAUCUCUGAAAGAUGAUAAUUUUGCUGCAUUUCAAUUAUGGUGCGAGCUAGGAAUUUCAUAUUCACAUUUGGAAUCUCUGUAUAGACUAACAGAGCAGAGGAAGAAAAUACAGGAGAGACAACGGGUCGGCAGUUUGUGCAUUAUUGAAAUAUUUUAUAGAGAAGAAGAAUAUGACAUAAUAUGUUCCAUGUGUAGAAAGCUAGAAAAGAACCAGUUCUUGAAUGCAGAAGGUUUGUACUUGUGGGCUCAAGCUCUGCAUCAAUUAGGCAAGGUUGAUGUUGCCUUGAAAAAAGUUGAAGCAGCCUUGAACAUUGAGAAUAUGGAGGAACAGACGAGGAAGAAUCUUAAGAUGUUACAAUGUGAAUUGCUUAUGGCUUUGGAUUCAAGUCUAAAGAGAGAAAGCGAUUUAGACAUGGAUUGGUUAGAAGACACUAAUAUCAGAAAACCAAAGCAGAUGCAAGAAAAAGCCACGAAAAUCCGAAAGCGGCAUGUACCAAAAAAGAGGGAGAGUCGACCAAAGCGCCAAGAGCAAAAGGUUGUGUCUCCACAAUCAACAGGAAAAUGCAAUAAGGAAGAAGAAAGACCAAAAGUUGGUUUUUAUGAAGAUUCCUCCAAGUAUAAAUCGUGGAAAGAUGUUCCUCCACAUAACCCCGAGCCAAAGGAAAGAACAAAAAGGCGGAGACAAAAAAGACACUCUGAAACCUCUCAGGAUUUUAAUGUUGUUGAAUGUGCAAAUACUGAAUUUGCUGAAAAUGAUUCGGGUCAAGAAUCGGAUGAUGAAACUAUGCUUUCAGAAAAUCUAAUAACACUUACGGAUCCGAACUAUCAGCAUCCUGAUAAAGAGGAUACUUUAAACGUUCAAAGCACAUGCUAUGAAACGUUAUCUAAAUUUGAAGAUGACCAAACUAACACAGAAUUGGUUGAAAAUGGAUUAGAUUUGUCAGACAAAUGCAUAGAAACUUUUAAACACAGUAGAGCAAAAUUCUGUUAUCCACCAGAAGAAGACAUCAAGACUCUGAAAGAAAAUUUGCAAACUGAUAGCCAUACGUACAAAAAGUGUGUCAUUCAAGUCGAAUCUGCUCACAAAGCUGUAUGCAAAAACAUGGAUCUGGCUGAUGAUCUAAAGGAAAUUUUUAUCUCCGGAAGAUCAAAAUGUGGGAGAAUUUUUUCAGAGGAUGAAGUUGUUGUGGAGGUGUUGGGACAAUCCCAAUCCAAGAAGGCAAAUGAAGAUAGCAAGUUCAUAAAAGACACAAAUGUAUAUGGAAAAGUGCUCGGAAUUUUGAAAAGAAAUCGAUAUCGGAACAUUCCACAUCCCGUAUUGGUUUGCGCAAAAGAUGACUUUUUACCCCAUAUGAUGAAACCUCUUUGCAAAACAGUUCCAAAAAUACAGAUUUGUCAUACACAUUGCAAUAACAAACAUAAACUCGAUCUUUAUGUAUUUGACAGAAAGAGUAAAUCUGUUCAACAUCGAGAAACUAUAGAAAUUGAUCAUGAUGUGCAAAGAGCUUACUGUUAUUUGGUUGCCAUACUCCAUUGGGAAGAUAUGUAUCCAUUCGGUGUCAUACUACGAAUGAUCAAUAUCAAAGACGAAGUACAAUCAGGUAUAGAUAUCUUGCGCCUACAGCAUCGUGUACCUGGUUCAUUCAGCACCGAAACAACCGAUGAAGCGAAAAACAUUCGCAAAUUAAUCCAAAGUGACCAUGAAAAUAUCUGCAAUAUCUUUACAGUUUGCGACAACGAUAUUGGAGAAUUUGGAUUUAGCCUAGCAAGGAAAGAUUCAGCAACCAUAGAAAUAGGGGUACAUGUUCCGGAUGUUGCCUCCAUGAUAAAACCUGGUGGCUGUAUUGACAUUGAAGCUCGGAAACGGUGUACUGACUAUGAAACAGGAAGAAACUUCGACAUUACAUAUAUGCUUCCAUAUGAUCUUAGAAAAAAGGUAGGAUUCGUCCUGGAAGAAGAAAGAAGAGCAUUUUCCUUGUACUUUUCAUUUGCAAAUCAUGGACAAGAUCCUGAAGUAAUAAAUCAAACCGCAAAAGUCACAAGAACAGUUGUAAAAACUGUACGACAAAUGUCAAUGUUUGAGGCAAAUGAAAUGACCGGGCUAAGUGCUACAGUAGAUGAUCUCAGAAUACUUAGAUUGGCAUCGGAAACACUGCGGAAAAAAAGACUCGGAAAUGCUGCCUUUUAUGAAAAUAUAAGCGAAUACCGUCUUUUUGAUGAAAUGUGUACCCAUAGCGACAUUCAAAGGACAAUAUUCGAAAUAUUGCUAUACGCUGAUUUAAAGGUUGCGGAAUAUUUGACGGAAAGGUAUCCCGACCAUGUACCUCUCAGAUGUCAAAGUAAACCUUUGAAAGAUGCUGUUGUACAAUGGAAAAGUGACAACGAGUCACGUAUUGAUGGAACUUUACUUUCUCUUCAAGGAGUAGAGAUGAUAGACGAAGAGUACUCAGUUCUCGUAAAACAUCGCAAAAAUGAACAUCUCAUUCCAGUUCAGAUAUCUGUUGUAGAAAAAAUUCAAAACUGCACAAAAGAUGUUGGUCUUGAUGAGGUUAAAAAGAUUCUAGGUGCAGAUGAAAUACAUCCACUCCAAUGCUUGGCUCUUCGCAACUGGACUUCAAUACAGGGAAAUGCAGAAUUCAAAUGUUCAUCGAACAAUAAGGAAGAUCCAUGUCAUUUUGGCUUAAGAGUAUCAUCAUAUACACCAUUUACCAAGCCUUUAUCAAACUACUUGGGUAUAUUUGUUCAAAGACUGUUACAUGCAAUUGAAGACUGUGUACCAGCUUGUCCAUUUGAAAAAAUUGAAAUUGAAAAAUUAUGCAUGGAAAUGACCGAUAAGAAGAGGCAAGCGAAGCAGUUUAAUAUCAACUGCCAAUUGGUAAUCUUUGGACAUAAAUUCAGAAAGCAACCAACCGUUCUGAAUGGAUUCUUGCAAAAAAUUACUGAGUCCGAUAUCGAAUUAUGCUUUCCUGCAAUGACGCCAUUGCACAAGUUGAGCAAAUCGCUUCCGUUAAAUCUUUUGCAUUCAAGAGAUAGACCAGUUCUUCAUCAAGGUGCUGUUACUAUGAAAUGGCAAGGCAGAAUAUAUUCGCAAAGAUUUAAGACAAAAACAUCACCAAAGGAAAAUGAGUAUCUCAAGCUUGAUCCAAAUAAAUCAGUCGCAUAUCAAAGUUUGGCAAAAUGGACAAAACUUUUGAGAUCCCUGGUGAAGGGAAAAGACGAAAAACUCGGACAACUUUCAAAUGCUCUUGAUUCCAAUACGACAAGGACAUCCGACACUGUCAAUGAUGUUUGUUCAGAAGUCAUAACGGGGAAUUUUGCAAAACAAACUUGUACAUAUAGUCUUUCAUUCAAAUAUGGGCAGGUUCUCAAAAUACAAAUGUCUGCUGCACCUGAAAGAGGGUUAAUGAUCCCUAUACCCCAGCUCUAUGACAUAACCCCAAAUGUAAAGUUCUGUCUUCAACAUGUUCGUAAUCCAGUCGAGGUUUUUUCAGGUACUGCCAAAAAUCAUUCAAAAAAUGAAUAUGGAUCCUGCAAAAAUUAUAUAGAUGUGUGGCUACCGAUCCUCUCUAUGGAAAUAGCAAUGCAGUGCACUAGAAAUAAUUCCGUAACAUUGUGUGACUUGCCCAUAACGUUCAAAGAACAUGGAGGCAUUUUCACAUUAAAAUAUUCGUAUCUAGAAAAAAGAGAUAUUGAAUUCGCAGCUCAUCCAGUGGAUUUACUACCUUCAACACAAGAACAUGAACAUUUUUUAUCUGGUGGAUUGGAUUUUUUAUGUAUUAGGUGUCCGUUAGACUCUAGUCCAACAGCUUCCAACUUCGGGAAUGGCGCAAUUUGUUCAAAACAAAGUUAUUGGAUUGGUCAUGCAAGAGUAGCGAACAUACAGCACAGACCUUUUGACAAGGAUAUUGUCCGUAUUCAGUUUAUCUGUCAUAGAAGCAGUCCAAAGAUUCCCGAAGAAAUGCGAAAUAAAAGAAAACAAUGUCAAAUAGAAAUACUGCAAGUGUUCGAUGUCAACAGGAGAACUGAAGUAUGCAUAAAAAUGUUAGAAACAGCCCCAUGUCUUGCGCAAGCUAUUGCACAGAGAAAGAAGAUUCCACAUCUGGAUCCUGACUAUUUAGAACUCGUUGAAAGUCAGAAAAUUGAACUGAAUGAAUUUAAAAUUCAGUACAACGAUGACCAACAACAUGCUGUGCAAAAAGCUUUAAGAUCAAGUUUUUCUUUGAUACAAGGACCUCCAGGUACAGGGAAAACAUUUACAGGCGUUACUUUGAUCAAAUUGUUCUGCAGUGUUAAUGAAAGAGUUCAGGACAAAAGAUAUGUCGUCUUUUGCGGACCAUCUAACAAAUCAGUUGAUUUAGUAACAGAGUACUUAAUGAAAAUGUAUGGAUCAUCACUCAGAAUACUCAGAAUGUACGGCAGCGCAUUGGAAUGCGCAGAAUUCCCAAUUCCUGGGAAAGUUUUUUCCCCACAACAAACGAAUUAUGUCCCCAAUCAAAGCAUCCAAAAUGUAACACUUCACCACAUCAUUAGACGUCCAGGGAAGCCAUAUGCUGAAAGAUUAAAAGAAUUUGACAGAAAGUUCAAAGAUAAAAAAGCAAUUGAUUACGGUGCAAUAAAAAUGUACAAAACUUGUAUUGCAAAUGCCAUUCAAGAAGAGUUGCCUAAUUAUGAAGUCAUCCUUUGUACCACGGCUGUAGCAACAAGUGCACGUUUGUUGAGUGUAACGAAAAACUGUAUCUUUCAACUACUCAUUGACGAGGCCGGUAUGUGCACAGAACCCGAAAGUCUAGCUGCUAUUAUAGCAACAAAAGCAAAACAGGUAGUUUUGAUUGGCGAUCAUCAGCAACUGAGACCCGUGGUGCUUUGUCAAGAAGCAGCCGAACUUGGACUUCAGAAAUCCUUGUUCGAACGAUAUGCAGAAUCAACGGAAUCGGUGCUUACUUUACUCCGGCAGCAGUAUCGAAUGCAUCCUAGUUUGUGUAGAUUUCCAUCACGUAUGUUUUACAAAGACAAGUUAGAGACGAUAGCCUCAUCCAAGUGGCAGGUGUUGGAACCACUCCAAAUGUGGAACAAUCCAGAAAAUCCAUGCGUGUUUUGUCAUGUUGAGGGCGAAGAGGAGUACUUGUCAUAUUCAACAGAUGAGGGAAAUGAAAUGUCUCGGUACAACAUGGCAGAAGUUCACCAAGUUGUUAAAGUUUUUAAGCAUAUGGUGAAAACGGAAAGAGUUGAUUCAGCGAACAUUAUCAUUAUGUCACAGUACAAUGCACAGUGCAGUAGAAUUAGACUUGCUCUGCGAAAAGAAAGGCUUUUUGUGCAAAAUGUGAAUACCGUUGUGGCGAGUCAAGGUGGAGAAUGGGACUAUGUAAUUUUCAGUCUAGUUAGGUCACUUCCUGAAUACAGAAUAGAACCCAAACCCACACAUGGCUGGUGCAUUGAAAAUCUCGGUUUCAUCACAGAUUAUCAUCAAGUAAAUGUGGCACUGACAAGGGCAAGAAAGGGACUAAUUUUAAUAGGGAAUGAGAAACUAAUGGAAUGUGACGAAGUGUUUGAUUCGUUAUUGGGGGACUAUCGAAAAUAUGGUUGUGUUGUGAAAGCAGACAGUUUUCCCCCAAAAGGACGAAGAAAAGGACACAAAAAAUAACCUACCUAGAGUCGUGUUCACUUUUUAAAAUGUGAUUGUGGAACUGACUUCCGAUUCGUUUUUGUAAAGUUUAAACAUUUUUUUUUUUUGGAAAUCUUGUUGAAAUCUUUUUUUUACGACGAUAUAUUUUCAGCAGAUUUUUCUAUAACCUACGGUUGCUUUACAGUUACUGUUAUGUGUGUUGUAUUGUUUAUACAGUUCAUACGUUUAACAGAUAUAUACACUAAAAUAAUUUGUGCAAUAAUAUGUUUAACAUAUAAAGCAUGGCAUGAUAAAGAAGACUAUGCGGAAUAGUAACAUUGUAAAGACAGUAUAUAGGAGUGUGUGUGUGUACGUUUGUGUGUGUAAAAAUCACGUGUUUACCAAUAUUGUUACAUUGUUUAUAACGUCAUGUUCGAUAGCAUUGUUGCUUAACUUUACGCACCGUGUUUGGAGUUUUUCACUUGGACCAUAUGUAAGUUCCCAUUGAUUGAUUUUUUCAAUGGAAUUUUUUAUUUACCCAGCAACAUUCCUUGUGAAUCAUUAACUCACGAACACGUUCGGUUUGCAACAAAGAAAUAAAAACAUUACUAAAAAAGUCAAUGCAAUCAUUUCAUUAUGUCAAGAGUCAUUAGAACCUACACAAUGUUUAUAUAAUUUUUAUCAACCUUAAUCACUGCAUUUUAGACUAAUGUUUGGUUUAAAAUUUAUUUAUAUUGGUUGUCUUAUAGUAGAAAUGUUUAGCUGUUUAUAAUGAAUACAUGAAAUUGAUUAUUACACCCAUUGAUAAAGAACAACAAGUAUUUUCUUAUGUAACAUGUAUUAUACAAUUUCAAACAAACUUUAAUUCACUUCCGGCCGAACUGACCGAUUUGUCAUUGUGUAUUUAGUUUGUGAACCAAUUUCAUGCAUACAUGUAAUUGCAUGAAUAUGAAAUUGAAAAGAAAUAAAAAAAAUAUUGCAAAUAAAAACAUGUUUCCUCAUA